AUGAAUUACUUUCAGAAGUCUUUAAGAUAUUUCAGUAUAUCAUCUAAAGCAUUGGCGAAAAAGAAGAAUGCUGGUGUAAUUAAAACCAAGUAUUUGGGACGUCCAAGUAAUAAUUUGACUCUGGGUGUUGUCGGAUUGGCAAACGUUGGUAAAUCAACAUUUUUCCAAGCCAUGACCAAAACAAGUUUAGGCACAGCAGCGAAUUAUCCUUUCGCUACUAUAGACCCUGUGGAAUCAUUAGUAAUUGUAGAAAGCCCAAAACUAAAUCAUUUGGGCCAAUUAUAUGAAUCACAGAAAAAUAUUCCUACAAUUUUGAAUAUACUUGAUAUAGCUGGGUUAACCAGAAAUGCAGCAAGUGGUGAAGGUUUGGGUAAUAAGUUCUUAUCUGAUAUAAGACAAGUUGAUGGGAUAUUUCAGGUGGUGCGUGGCUUUAGGGAUGAUGAUAUUAUACAUAUUGAAGACAAUAAAGUUGAUCCUAUUCGUGAUAUGAAUAUUGUAACGGAAGAAUUAAUACUAAAAGAUUUAGAAUUUAUCGAAACUGGAAUAGAAAAAGUUGGGAAGUUAAUGAAGAGACCACAUAUAGAUAAAGCGCAGGUUCAAUUAGAGAUAGACACUUUAAACAGGAUUCAAGAUUUGUUGUACGAGAGUCGUAAAAUAUCAACUGGACAGUGGACGGAUAAGGAGAUAGAUAUAAUUAAUACUUACAACUUUUUAACUGCUAAGCCAACUGUGUACUUGUUGAAUGUCAACGAGAAAGAUUAUGUCGCUCAACAGAAUGAAUUCAAACAAGAUGUUGAACAGUGGAUAGAAGAUAAUUGUCCAAAUGAUAUACUCUUAAUGUUUUCAGCCUCGUAUGAGACUAAAAUAAAUGAAUGCAAAACUCCCGAAGAGUUGAAUAAAUUUGUUGCUCUAAACAAUAACAAAACGAGUGCAAAGUCUGACAUAGUUGACAAGAUGAGAAGUUGCUUAAACUUAAUCUCAUUCUAUACGUGUGGUCCCAAAGAGGCAAGACAAUGGUCAAUUCGCGAGGGAAGCACAAUGCCCGAGGCAGCUGGUUUAAUUCAUACUGAUCUUCAGAAGACUUUUAUUUCGGCACAGGUUUACAAGUUUGAUGACUUAGUAAAUUUAUCCCCACCGUUUAACGAAGCAUCGCUAAAAAAUAGUGGUAAGCAAUUUAAAUGUGGUAAGAACUAUAUAGUACAAGAUGGAGAUGUAGUGAUUAUCAAGGCUGGUAAUGCAAAGGCUCGAUAA